CAUAGUCCACCAAGUCUGCAUAAUGGCCAUCUCAGCGUUUCAAAGACAACUUACAAUUCCACUGUCACAUACACGUGUAAUGCCGGUUAUGAAAUACACGGAAAGAACUCCGUCACAUGCCUCGGAAAUGGGUCAUGGAAUAUACUCGAGGCGACCUGCACAAUCAAGGAUUGCCAAAGUCCACCAGCCCUGCAAAACGGCCACCACACUGUUUCAAAGACUACCUACAAUUCCACUGUAACAUAUACGUGUAAUGCCGGUUAUGAUAUGCACGGAACGAAUUCCAUAACGUGCCUCGAAAAUGGGAAGUGGAAUAUCCUCGAGGCGACUUGCACAAUCAAGGAUUGCCUUAGUCCACCAGUCCUGCUAAAUGGCCACCAUACCGUUUCAAAGACAACCUACACUUCCACUGUCACAUACACGUGUAAUGCCGGUUAUGUGAUGCACGGGAAGAAUUCCACCACGUGCCUCGAAACUGGGAAAUGGGAAACACUCGAGGCGAAUUGCACAAUUAAAGACUGCCAAGACCCGCCAGUUCUGCACAAUGGCUUCUACAACGCAACAACCACGACGUACAAUUCUGUUAUCAUAUACUCGUGCAACCAAGGUUAUAUCAUGUUUGGUGAGAACUCGAUCACGUGCCUUCACAAUGGGAAAUGGAGCGAACUGCUUGUCAACUGCACCAUAAUGGAUUGUGGAACUCCACCAGCGCUGACAAAUGGUGAUCGCACAGUUCACAACACCACCGUCAACUCCACCAUACAAUAUACGUGUAAUCCAGGAUAUGACCAAAUUGGAAUGAGCACCAUCAGUUGCCUAGAGACAGGAAACUGGAGUUCACUCGCAACAACCUGCACUGUAAAAAAUUGUCAUAGCCCGCCACACUUACAAAAUGGCCUCACCUCCGUCUCGUCGACAACCUACUCUUCCACUGCCAAAUACACGUGCUCGUCUGGUUAUGAUAUACAUGGACCUAACUCCAUAACAUGCCUUGCGACUGGUGAUUGGAAUAAACUCGAUGCGAUCUGCACCAUCAAGGACUGCCAAAACCCACCAGUUCUGCAGAAUGGCUUCCACAACGCAACAUCCACAACAUACAAUUCCACUGUCAUGUAUUCGUGUAAUCCAGGAUAUAACAUGUUCGGUGAAAACUCCAUCACAUGCCUCGACACUGGGAACUGGAGCGACAUGCUUGUCAACUGUGUCAUAAAGGACUGCCAAGACCCGCCAGUUCUGCAGGAUGGCUUCCACAAUACAACAUCCACAACAUACAAUUCCACUGUCAUGUAUUCGUGUAAUCCAGGAUAUACCAUGUUUGGUGAGAACUCCAUCACGUGCCUCGACACUGGAAACUGGAGCGAACUGCUUGUCAACUGCACCGUAAAGGAUUGCAGUACUCCACCGUCGCUGACAAAUGGUGAUUUCACAUCUUAUAACACCACUUUGAACUCCACCGUAGAGUAUACGUGUAAAACAGGAUAUGACAUUAUUGGAAUGAGCACCAUCCGUUGCCUUGAGACAGGAAACUGGAUUUCAUUGGAGGCAAACUGCACUAUAAAAAAUUGCCAUAGUCCGCCACUCCUGCAACAUGGCUACUCCAACGCCUCCAAGACAACCUACAAUUCCACUGUCAUAUACACUUGCUCUUCUGGUUAUGAUAUGCACGGACCUAACUCAAUUACAUGUCUCGAGACAGGCCACUGGGAUAAACUCGAAGCGAACUGCACCAUCAAAGAGUGUGGAAUUCCACCAGCGCUGACAAAUGGUGAUCGCACAGUUCAUAACACCACCUUCAACUCCACCGUAGAGUAUACGUGUAAUCCAGGAUAUGACCUGAUUGGAAAGAGCAUCAUCAGUUGCCUUGAGACAGGAACCUGGAAUUCACUGGAGGCAUAUUGCAAUAUAAAAAAUUGUAAUAGUCCGCCAGUCUUGCAAAAUGGCAACACAACCGUCUUAACGACAAUCUACAAUUCAACUGCCGUAUACACGUGCACUUCUGGUUAUGAUAUACAUGGACCAAACUCCAUAACCUGCCUCGAGACUGGAAACUGGGAUAAACUAGAAGCCAACUGCACGAUAAAGGACUGUCAAAACCCACCAGUUCUGCAGGAUGGCUUCAACAACGCAACAUCAACAACUUAUAAUUCCACUGUCAUGUACUCGUGCAACCCUGGUUACAAAAUGUUUGGUGAGAACUCCAUCACGUGCCUCGACACUGGGAACUGGAGCAAACUGCUUGUCAACUGUGCCAUAAAGGACUGUCAAAACCCACCAGUUCUGAAGGAUGGCUACCACAAUGCAACAUCAACAACAUACAAUUCAACGGUCAUGUACUCAUGCAAUGAAGGAUAUACCAUGUUCGGUGAGAACUCUAUCACGUGCCUCGACACUGGGAACUGGAGCAAACUGCUUGUCAACUGCACGAUAAAGGACUGUCAAAACCCGCCAGUUCUGCAAAAUGGCUUCCACAACGCAACACCAACAACGUAUAACUCCACCGUCAUGUACUCAUGCAACCCUGGCUUUACCAUGUUUGGUGAGAACUCCAUCACGUGCCUCGACACUGGAAACUGGAGCCAAAUGCUUGUCAACUGCACAAUAAAGGACUGUCAAAACCCGCCAGUUCUGCAGGAUGGCUUCAACAUCGCAACAGCAACAACGUAUAAUUCCACUGUCAUGUACUCGUGCAACCCAGGUUAUAAAAUGUUUGGUGAGAACUCCAUCACGUGCCUCAACACUGGGAACUGGAGCAAACUGCUUGUCAACUGUGCCAUAAAGGACUGUCAAAACCCGCCAGUUCUACAGGAUGGCUACCGCAACGCAACAUCCACAACGUACAAUUCUACUGUCAAAUUCUCGUGCAAUCCAGGAUAUAGUAAGUUUGGUGAGAACUCCAUCACGUGCCUCGACACUGGAAUCUGGAGCGCACUGCUUGUCAACUGCGCCAUAACGGACUGUCAAAACCCGCCAGUUCUACACAAUGGCUUCCACAACACAACAUCAACAACGUACAAUUCCACUGUCAUAUACUCGUGCAACCCUGGCUAUACCAUGUUUGGUGAGAACUCCAUCACGUGCCUCGACACUGAGAACUGGAGCGAACUGCUUGUCAACUGCACGAUAAAGGACUGUCGAAACCCACCAGUUUUACAGAAUGGCGUCCACAACGCAACAUCCACAACGUACAAUUCCACUGUCAUGUACUCGUGCAAUCCUGGUUAUAGAAUGUUUGGUGAGAGCUCCAUCACGUGCCUCGACACUGGGAACUGGAGCGAAUGGCUUGUCAACUGCACCAUAAAGGAUUGUGGGAACACUUUUAUGGAGAAGGGCGAAUGUAACGCUACCUCGACAUUCUUCAAGUCUUCUGCAAGAUGUUCCUGUCAUAGAGGCUACCACUUCACAGGAAUUAAUAGCAGCAUCGAGUGUCUUGCUAACGGAGUCUGGAGCGUGGUUCAAGGCAAUUGUGUGAUAAAUGAUUGUGGACAGCCUCCGAUAGGCAAUCUAUCAACAAUACAUUUCCCACUGACAACAGUUAACGCAACGGCGGUAUACGCGUGUCUCCCUGGAUACAACACCACACAUAUUACAGAGCUCACGUGUACUGCUGACGGCAAGUGGAAUGGAAUAGCGCCGAUAUGUUCAGAUAUCGAUGAAUGCCUCAAAAGAAAUACGUGCCACUAUAAUGCCAACUGUACCAACACUGACGGCAGCUUUAAGUGUGAAUGUCAGACCGGAUACAGAGACCAGGAUGGGGUCGGGGGACAGCGCUGUGCUGAUGUAGAUGAGUGCGCGUUUGAUGGUGACUUUUUCUGUAUGCAUGCGCUAAAUCAGACACGUUUAUGCGUGAACAUUGACGGCGGAUAUGUGUGUGUGUGCAAUAAGGGAUUUACUGGAUCCAAAUGUGAAACCGAUAUCAUUGAAUGCAAUGACACGACCACGUGUGGUCGUCAUGCUGACUGUACCAACACGUAUGGUGGUUACUCAUGCGCAUGCCCGGACGGCUAUCCACAGGGAAACCCAUAUCUUGGAUGCUUUGAACCAGUUAUGCUGGACUUCAAAGCAGCUGGGGAUAGAUACAACGGUGACAACCCAAUGAUAGAUGCUUACCAUAUCUCGACAAGAUUGCCAUAUUUAGGCGAAUAUAUUAACUGGUUUAAGCCAAGCAUGAACGGAUUCAUAUCACUAGAUUUCCAACCAUUGUACAAUGAAUAUGGAGGUGAAAAUACCAGUGAGUGGAAGGCAACUGUUCAGAACCACAGAGUGAUUGCACCGUUAUGGACAAAUAUAGACAGUAGUAAUAUAUCAGACGGCGGGUUAUGGAUCCAUUCGUUUACGAAUAAACAGCAAAACAAAACAGACGACAUUGCAAAAAUCCAGGAUCUCAUUCGCACGUACACCAACCAGACCGAAUUCAAGGUCAGCGUGGCCCUGGUCGCCACGUGGAAGCACGUAACUGUCCACUCGCCCUACGAACCCGGAUAUGAGCUUGUAAAGCACCAGAACCUGUCGAUGCAGUGCAUUCUGGUAUCGGAUGGCAUGUACACAUACAUCAUGUUCAACUACGACCGGGAGCAGUUCAGUAUAAGACCGUUACCUGAAGUACCUGUUGCUAGUGGUUAUACAAAACUUGAUUACACGGGAGACAUUUUGUCUGACCGAUAUAACUUCACAAGACUAAAUCAAGGAUCCAAUGUUAUGCCAGAUUUUGCUGGACGUUGGCUUUAUAAUGUUACGGUCGUCACUGAAUCGAUGAAAAAUGAAAUCCUAUGUCAAAGAUUUUACGAAAGUCAUAAGGUUGAGCUGAAAACAUGGAUCCAGAAACAGCUUGAGUUUGCCCUGCCAUGCCCGUGUCAAGAGGUCCUUAUGAUGGAGGACUACACUUUCAACCGCAAUGACUCCCUACGUUCCGGAUUUGGAAGCCACAUGACAUGUUACGAGUCUUGGUUCUUCAGCGCCUAUGGCAUCAAACAAAGAUGCUGUUAUAUGUUCAGCAAACUCCAGACGCAGUACCCGGGUGCAGUAGCUGCAGAGUUUGAAAACAGAACACUUGCCGGAUUACUCGAGAAGGGUUACAAUCAGUGCUGCUCGCCUGAUGGCAGUCACAAAUACUGUAACCUGUAUCAGGAGAUCAACCCGCCUGAUGAUUGCUCAAGAUACACGAUCAGCGACGAGAUACCGACAGACGGAGGCAGCAUUCAUGUCAUCAUCGGAAGAGUUAAAAAGUUGCUAGGCCUAUAAUUCAUGAAAUACAUUUUUGGAUUUUUUUGUUUCAUAUACAAAAAAAUAUUAUGCUGCAUAUGGUGUUAUCGCCGUGAAUGCAUAAUAAACGUAUAGCAUAAAGUUUAA